AUGUCUGGAAAAACACCAAAAACUAUUUUUACAAAUCAAGAUGCUGCUAUGAGUAAGGCCAUCUCAUUCGUCAUGCCUGAAGUUCAUCAUAGGUUGUGUGUUUGGCACAUGGAACAAAAUGCUGUAAAGCACCUCAAUCAAGUUUAUAAAAGGUACGCUUCUUUCCGUGGUGAUUUUCGAAAAUGCAUUUAUGAGUAUGAGGAUGAAGGAGAAUUUAUAAAUGCUUGGACUAGUAUGCUUGAUGAAUAUAAUCUUCAUGAAAAUGAAUGUUUUUUUAAGCAUUAUGAUAGAGCAAUUGAGGACAAAAGAUAUAAUGAGCUGCAAGAUACAUGUGAUGCAUUACGGUUGCCAAUAUUAAAAGCAAAGGUGCCAAUUUUGUUUCAUGCUAGAGAGGUAUAUACACCAAAUAGUUUUUCGAAGUUUCAAGAUGAAUAUAUGAAGUCUUUAAUAAUCAAAGUGAAUGGAUGUGAGGAAAAUAAUUUUCCCAUCAUGUAUAAGGUUAGCAAGUAUGGGCACACUCGAGAGCAAAUUGUUAAGGUGACAGAGGCAGAUCAUAUAUCUUGUACUUGCAUGAAGUUUGAGUCUAUGGGUAUACUUUGUUGUCAUACAAUAAGAAUUCUUGAUGUGAUAAGAGGAGUGGAUAAAAUUCCAGAUGAGUAUAUUUUGAAAAGAUGGACAAAAACUACAAAAGUCGUAAAUAUUAAAGAAAUUGAUGGGCAAGAUAUAGAGAUAAAGGAUUCAAAGCUAAUCGUUGUGAAUCGCUAUAGAAUCCUUUGUCCUAUAUUUGUUAGAAUGACAGCUAAAGCUUCUGAAACUGAUGAAGGCUAUAAGCUAGCGGCAAUAUGUGCAAAUGAGUUAAGCACAAGAUUGAAACAAAUUAUGGAGGUGACGGCUCCAUCUCUCCAUACUACUGGUUCAACGAGAGAUUUACCAGAAGAAAAUAAUGACAGAGAUCUCCUCUCACGAGCCAACAAUUUUAAAAAUAAAGAUAACACAAAACGUCUAAAAAAGAGGAUCAAAACUUCUCUUGAAGCGAACUCAAAGAGUAAGAAAGCUCGAUGA